AGCUGGCAUCGUUGCAAGGAACAAGCUCUGCAUCAACUGCAUGGCGGACAAGCACAGUCUGGCAAGUUGCAAGCAACGUUCCUGCAAAUUCUGCGGAAGAAGACACAACACUCUCCUACAUCGAAACGUUCCACAUCAAAGGCAGAAGAAAUCAGCCGCCGAUCAAGUGCUACAUCUGCAUCUUCGUGUGCAUGGCGACCAAAGCAGCACACCUCGAGCUGGUCACAGACCUUACCACGGAAGCCUUCAUCGCAGCGUUGAAGCGGUUCUGGGCCAAGCGUGGCUAUCCACAGAACAUCUACUGUGACAACGCCACCAACUUCGUCGGAGCCGAUCGCGAGCUUCAGCGACUCCAGCGGCAGUUCGAGACACAGCAGCACAAGUCCGCCGUUGUCGAUGUGUCCACUCGACUGGGAAUCCAAUUCCACUUUAUUCCCCCACGAUCACCAUCGUUUGGAGGACUGUGGGAAGCUUGCGUCAAGUCCGCAAAAGCCGUCCUGCUCAAAGUGACGAUGGAUCUAGCACUCACCUACGAAGAGAUGCUCACAACAGUAGCGCAAGUAGAAGCCUGCCUAAACUCACGCCCUCUAACUCCACUGUCCAACGAUCCAAACGACCUCGCUCCUCUCACUCCUGGCCAUUUCAUAAUUGGCGGUCCCCUCGAAGCUAUCCCAGAACCUGACCUCCAAAACAUCCCCUGCAACCGUCUGUCACGAUGGCAGAGAAUGCAACGAGUCGUUCAAGACUUCUGGUCUCGAUGGCAAAAGGAGUACCUCCCCACACUCCAAAAACGGUACAAAUGGCCCGGUCCUCAACCAAAUUUGUCGGUUGGAGAUAUGGUCCUCCUCCAGGACGACAACCUGCCACCUUACAAAUGGCCAAUUGCUCGCGUCAUUAAGACGAUACCUGGUGCAGACGGGAAGAUCAGAGUUGUGGAUGUCCUCACCGACGAGAACACGUAUCGUCGCGGAAUUCACAGACUUUGCCCUCUGCCCAAAUAUCCGAAAGCCUCCUCCGACAACACAUGCCCAAACACAAGCCCACACACAAGUCGUGCCACCUCCGAUAGCGCCACAAUCGAACUGUCCCGCCUCCAGUUCUGCGUCGCAAACGAACUGACUCGUCCCCAGUUCUACGCCACAAGCACGCCGUGACUCCUCCGGCCCUGCUCGCACAUAAGCCACUCAGGUGUUGAAACGGUUGCUGCUCCACAACCUUCCACCUCCUCAAGCAUUCCGCCAAAUGCGGCCAACAACGAACCUUGUUCCUGUACCCUCCGUUCGAAGCCGGAGUGACAUCAGAAUGAGAAGAUGACUUCAACGGCUCACUAGGGCUGAGUCGCAACGAGGGAGCGAGGCACAUAUUGCCCCAUCCAAUCAGCGACAUCGUUGAAACUCAACGUUUCAAGGGGGGCGGCAUGUACGAGCGCAGCUCUUCACGACACCAGACGACAGCACGAGUAACGACUUAUGACAAAACUGAAGAAAUAUCAAACAAACAAAAUUACAUGAAGAAAGUGAAAAGUGAAACAAAAUGACAUGUAAUUGAACCACCCUAAUCUUAAGUCACAUUCACGCACACUAACACAAAACAUUAAUGUACACACCUCUUAUUCUACGUCUUGGCCAAGACACAUCAAACACAACAUAACACACUACUACACUCACACCUAGCUCGUAAGAAUGUAAAUAGUAGUUCGUAAGUGUUAUUUUGCAUAAAUAAACGGGAAUUGAAAACUUAUCGCGCAACAGUGCAGUCGCACAACUUUUUUGCUCCUGCAAAUUUACUCCGCGCCAUCGCGAUUCGCGAGUUUCUGUGUGCCUCCGAAAGCCGCUAUCGCUGAGGACUUCACCAUUGCCGCUAGCCGCUGAAUUCACGGUAGGAUCCAUCCACGGGACUCCGGGGCUUCCGGAGACAACUUUGAAGCGAGCCACCAGCUC